AUGGGGUCCCCCGGUUGGUUUUUGAGUGCGAUUGGCACUGUAUAUUGUGUAUACUUGGCGUUCACUGGCGUAGUCGCCGGCUCGCCGUCAUCCCUAACUUUGAUUCGGGUUACAUGGGUCCUUCGGGACCCACUACCCAGUCGGCCGUCACUAAUCGUGACGCCGGAGAAUGGGCCGAUCAAUGGGUUCAUGGGGGAGAUAAUUCCCCCGUUGUCCACCGGGCACCGUCAACGGUGCCGGUUGCAGCGAAGCGAGGAAGGCGACAGUACUGGAUGCGACAACGAAGACACAGCCAUGGUCUCGGAGUAUCACGUCCAGCAGGUCGCCGCCAAGCACCGUGUUGAGCUGACCGAUGAGGGGAACAACACGACCACCCACAACAUUGCGGCUCUCUUACUUGGCCAUUGGCCAAUCUACCUCGCGGGGACAAUGGCUCCCCGAGGACGACAUUCGUCCGCUACCAGGCUCGCUGCUGGAUCUUUUGUGAAGAUGCGACAGUUUGGACGUCUCAAGGCUAUCCAGACCGCCCAAGAGAACGAAGAAAAAGGAAACGAUGGGUUCAAUAUCAAGAAGAAGGAGGAGAAGGCGAAGAAGUAG